CCCGACUGGUCGCUUUGCACCACUCUGCAUGUGUAAAUCCAUGCUAAAUAUACACCCGUCAGCGAACACUUUCACGAAGACUAUUAUCAUUCACUGCACGAUUAGCAUUUUUCAAAUAAUAUGAUUCAAGUUAUCACUGUCGUUCUGAGGAAAUAUUUAUUUAUCAGUUAAUUUUACCCAGUUUCUUGGAUUUAUUUUGGUACGAAGAAAUUUGUUUAGUGAAAUUGCAUCAGUGCCAACGUGUAUCGCAUCCUAAUUUCAUUUUCAAAUGUUCGAUGAAUCUUAUCAAUUGCUAGUUUUGUGUGAAUUAAAUUGUGAAGUACAUCAGGGUUAAUUGAAUUUCUCCCGAGUAUUCUCAAUCCCCACCCCAUCGAGCCACAUGUUUUGUGGAGAAGUAUCCUAGUCCCCUGUGUUUUUCAUCUCAGGAGGAUCAUACAGCUAUUUAAUUGUGCUUUUCUUUGAAAGACGAGAGCAACCAUUGUGACUCUCUCAUUCAGCUUCAGUGGUUGCUGAGAAGUAUAGAAUGGCCACCUCAAUUAUUCACCUAGUCCUCGUACAGAUUUUUCUGGCACUUUGUGUGAAUGGUAGCGUCGAGCCAUGGAAGAAGAGUGAAAAAACAGCUGAACGAGGUACUGAGGUUCAACUGCCGUGUAUCCUCAAGAGCCCAAAUUGCGGUGGUCUCCACAGUAUCAAAUGGUAUCGGGGUACACAGAGAAUCUUUAUAUUCAGUGAAAAAGCCGGCACCACCCGUGGCAACAAUGACAUUGCUGGCAGGGCAUCAAUGGACUACGAUGCAAAUGUAACGCAAACUUUCCUUAAAAUUGAGAAUCUCAAGGUAGAGGAUGAGGGGUUGUACAGGUGUGAGGCGACGUACCUUACGAUAAAUCGAGAGUGCAAUAAUGUACAGCAUAUUACCCUCAAUGUCACUGUGAGGCCAAAAUUUGUGAGAGUCAUUGAGAAGAACAAAGAGGGGGAGAAUUUAACGUCUGGUGUAGUUCUCGGACCAGUUAACGAGGGAACCAUGAUAACGCUGAUUUGUGAGAGCGACGAGGGAAAACCAGUGCCUCUAGUUGAGUGGUACAAAGAUGAUCAACGAGUAACGGCAACUGGAUCAACGGAUAUCCAGGGGAAUGGAAUUGGUACAGGAAGCAGUGUGCUGCAACUGCAGGUUAGCCGCAGCGAAUUAGGCGCCACUUUUGUCUGCCGAGUCAGCAGUCCAGCGUUGGCAGAGUCCCUCACUGUCGACAUCGGACUUGACGUGCACGUGAGACCCCUGAAAAUGGACGUCACGGGUGUGGUCGGUCAUGUGGUUAGUGGUACAAAGAUCUUACUGGAGUGCAAAGUGAGUGCAGCAAGACCAGCGGCCAACGUCACCUGGUACAAUGGCACUGAGAUUCUCUCGGAUAAUAACGAACGAACUGAUGUCUUUGAGACCAAAACUAAUGACAACAGCGAUGGUACAUUCGAAACGAGCAGUUAUUUCGGUUUUACAACCUCCGAGUACGACAAUGGUCAGACAUUCAGCUGUUUUGCGGAAAAUUCUGUAACAAGAACAGAAGGUGUUAAACCAAUGAAAGAAGCCAUUACAAUGGAGAUACUAUAUCCACCGAUCGUAUCCAUGCAUCCUAAAAACAUAACCGUAAACGAAACUGAAGAUGUUGUUAUGUUCUGUGAAUACGAUGCGAAUCCAGCAACCCUCAAGUCUGUGAAAUGGUAUCGAGACAAUCAAGAGUUGGACCUCACCUCGGAUCACUACGAGGGUGGUCUAACAGACCAGCCUUCACUCACCGUAAAAAUGUCAAACUCCACUGAUAUGGGUACCUACAAGUGCGUUCUCGCCAAUAGCGUAGGCAAUUCAUCCAAUGACAGCUCCAUUGAUGUUUCAAUACUGUAUAAACCAAGUGUUCAAGUUAUCGUUGAGCCUGAAGUGCCGGUGAACGAAGCUGAACGUUUGAAUGUGUCACUGACAUGUGACGUUACAGACGGUAAUCCUAUAAGUUUGAAUGCCGUGCGGUGGUACUUAGACGGUGAUUUGCUCAAGGAGUUGCCGGACUGUGCUCGAAACUCAACAGUUUCAGUUACAGACGAUACUUCAACAUUUUGCGACAUAGAUCCAAGCAAAUUGCUUCUCGAGGCAGUUGGAAGGUCCUUCCAUGGAAAUUAUUCAUGCGAAGGAAGAAAUGACGCUGGAUGGGGGCCAAUAUCAGGCAGAACACCAGUCACUGUUUACUAUAAACCGGGACCAGCGGCGAUAUCGUACGAGCCAAUGAGAGUCGUCAAAGGCAGCCCACUGAAUAUUACCUGUUCUGUUAUUGAUCCUGGUCGACCAAGCAUCACUGGAUACAAAUGGAUACGCGGGCUCCAUCGGCUGACUGACGAGGAAAAAGCGGUUUUGAGUAUCGAAUCUGUUAAUCUGAGAACCAAAGAUAAUUUCACGUGUAUGGCGUACAAUGAAGCUGGCGAUGGUGACCCAGCAACCACCUUUAUUGACGUGUCUGCUGCUCCUGCCUUCAUUCAUCCACUUCCACCGUAUCAUGGCUAUGUUUACAACGCCACAAAUGUUAGUAUCGGUUGUCGAGUUGAGUGCUCACCUAUCUGCAAUGUAUCCUGGUCUAAGAACAAUAGACCGAUCGACUUUAGUGCCAACGAUAGCCUGUAUUACGUGACGAAUGUGUACCAUCCGGCUGACAAGGGCACCAGUGAUUUUGAGAGCAUACAGUCGAAUCUCACGUGGAAUCUGUCGGCAUGGCCCAAUGGUCAGCUCGAUCGUCACAAAGACAAUGAUAACUUCACUUGUGAGAGUAAUGGAAAUGGAAUUGGCCUUGGUGUUAAAAGUACAACCUAUUUUCAAGUUGAAUUUCCGCCGGAAAAUAUGGCAGUGUCGACUCCCAAAAUUAGCGUAAUUGAAAACACUAUCCCUGACAGUGUAAAAUGUAGUGCGGUAGCACAUCCAGAACCGACAUUUCGAUGGUAUCGCGAGGGUUCGCCAGACAUCACUGCAUCUUCCAGUGCUGUACUCGAUAUCAAAGAAAGAGUACCAAGACGAAGUAAUGGAACAUACAUAUGCGAGGCUAGCAAUCGUCACGGACCAGCGAGAAUUUCCGUUUGCCUCGAUGUUCUCUAUAAACCCGAUUGUCAGAUCAAUAGAGAGAGGAUAAAUGGUGAAGAUUAUCUGGUAUGUUCAGCCGUAGCAAAUCCCAAAGAGUGCAACUUCAGUUGGUCUUUGAAGAGCGACAACGACUCUAUCGAUCAACUCGCUCAAAUGCGGGAUGGCAAGAGUUAUCUCCUCUUGGACACAACCGUCACAAAUUAUCGGACUUAUGUAUGCAUUGCCAAUAACACCAUUGACUUCUCUAGUCCAUGUGAGCUCGGUGUACCAGCUCGCCAAGGACGCUCGGGUAAUAUUCCUUGGUGGUUUCAUCUCGAGGGGGAUUUAUUGAUCAUCAUUAUCAUCGUUGCCAUGGUGAUACUGAUUGUAAUAAUUGUCUGCUCAGUAAUCAUCUAUCUAAUUUGCCGGCGAAGGAGGAUGCAGGCAAAAUAUCCUGGUCAGGGGGUGAACAAUAAUCGAGUUGACAGUGUUUCGGAGGGCUUGCCAGAUUCCGACACUAAAACUUUUUACGAGAAUCUACCGUUUCACGGCAUUCAGACGCCACAAAAUAAGUUGGCUUCCCCUAAGUUUACUCGAGUUUCGGCUUUGCAUGGCACGUUGCAUUCAGCCACAACCUCACCGUCCUCCUCGCGUGCCGUUAGCCGUACCACUAGCCUCUACGACGCCAGUUCCGGCUACGAAUCAACCAGGAGCCAUCUCGGACCCCACUAUAGCUCUCAUAAUAUGCCAAGAAACAACUCACCAGAGCCAAAGUACAAUACACUAAAACCAAGACGUAGGAAACAACAGCAUCACAAACACACACAAUUUUAUUCGCUACGUGUGUGCCGUAAACAUGACAAGAUUCGUAGAAGUUAUCAACUGUAUGCAAUACCAAUUAUCAAACAGUGCCCACACAUAAGCAACGGUGCAAAUACAUUUGAGACUGAGAUUCCCGAGAAUACGUCAACAUCUGGGGAAACACAGUGUGCUACGAGUGUUGAUAAUUUGAUGCCAAUUGUGCCGCCAAUUCCAGCACCGAGAGCCAUCAAAACAGAUCCCUCCAAGCAUACUUAUCAAAAUGUCCCACCACCUGUUUAUCCAGAAAAAACAAAGAAUUCGAAAAGCUGCAAUGAGAUGAGACCAAACAAUUUAUACGACUACAAAGAUCAUUAUCAACAGCGUCAUGAAAAACAAAAGCAGGAUAUCCAACAGUAUGGGUAUUCAUUACCGAGCAGCAGUACGAGCCAACUAACCUUGCCACUAACCCGCAGCCUCUAUCAUUCCUCUCUGGUGAGCCACCUGCAGACUUCACUAGUCCAUACUAACAGUCUAUGCCAAAGUUACUCACACCGCCAAGAGGGUAGCGGUAUAAUCGAUGGUAAUGGCAAUGGUAGUGUCAGCGAUACAUUAUCGUUAUCAAUGCUACGUGGUGAUAAUCGUUUUGAUCUCGAUCCAACUUAUGAGCAUCAGUCGCACACACGACAACGUCGUAAUGAGCGUAAAAAAUAUCGUAAGCAUGACAGAAAGCCAAAACACCGACGAAGCUCGUCGUCAAGGGAGACUAGUUUCGGUAAGAUUCAAGAAUUAGGUAUACCAGAGAGCUAUAAAAUAUCGUAUCCUCACUACUACGAGGACGAUGGCGUUACUGGUUGUACAAAUAAUCAGAGUACGAGCUAUCCAAAGCACAACUCCGGUCAUGAUGAUACCACCAACAACAAACUGUGCAAAGAAAAGAGAACUGUGUACACGGAAAAUAUCCGUGAAUCAACAAGAACAUCGCCCGUUGUUGGACAGUAUGCGGAGCUCGAUUUUCGUGAUGUUGGCCAGGAGAUCGACGUCUGAAGCCUUUCAAACCGGAGUUCUCCGAUCUGGAUUAUGCCGAUGUCGACUACAGAUCCUAUGGACCCAUAAACUACAAAGCUGCCAGUA